AUGAGUACCAAAUCAGAUCUACCGCGGGACUCACGGAGUUGCCUCUACACCAGUCUGUGGGACUUCAGAGCGAUGACGGAGACCGAACUCAGCUUCAAGGCAGGGGACCUCUUCCAGGUCCUGGAGAAGAAUGGAGAUUGGUGGUGGGCCAAGAAGUUAGACGGCGCUGGAAGGGAUUGCGAGGAGGAGGAGGGUUACGUCCCGUACAACUACGUGGUCAAGAAGGAGACAGUGGAAGCAGAACCAUGGUUUUUCGGGCAGAUCUCCCGUUCUGAAUCUGUACAUCGGUUGCUGUCUGAAGAGACCAAAACGGGGGCCUUUCUCAUCCGUAUCAGUGAGAAAAAAGGAGCGGAAUAUGUUCUGUCAGUCCGAGAUGAGUCAACGGUGAGACACUACAAGAUCUUGCGCAAUGGACAGGGGAGUUUCCACAUGAAUGCCACCCGGUCCUUUCCUGAUCUGCUGUCUCUUGUCGAGUAUUACAAAGAGAAGGGGCUCUCCCACGGCCUGACUCUCACAAGCCCAUGUCACAAGCAAGAACCAAAGGCCAUGCCCCACUGGGACGACUGGGAAAGGCCAAAGGAGGAGUUCCACCUGGUCAGGAAGCUGGGCGCCGGAUACUUCGGAGAGGUCUACGAAGGACACUGGAAGGACAAAGUCCGAGUGGCGGUCAAAGUGCUCCCCAGAACAGACCUAACCUAUCAAGCCACCUUCAAGAAUGAAAUUGAGGCCAUGAAGAAGCUGAGACAUAAACACAUCCUCUCGCUCUAUGCCAUCUCUUCUACUGGGGAUCCCGUUUACAUCAUCACCGAGAUCAUGAGCAAAGGAAAUCUGCUCGACUUUCUUCGAG